GAAAUUUAUGAAACACAUUUAGCACCUAUGAUUCGAGAUGCAGUAGAAGGUUAUAAUUCCACAUUAUUUGCAUAUGGAGCUACAGGCAGUGGAAAGAGUCAUUCAAUGAUUGGAAGUGAAAAAGAAAUCGGAAUCGUACCUAGAGCGAUAGAUGAUGUGUUUGAUUUAAUUGAACAAGAUCAAGAAAGAGAAUAUGUGAUUAGAGUUUCAUAUUUAGAAAUUUAUAAUGAACAAUUAGUAGAUUUACUUUCGAUUGAUCAACAACCCAAUUCGAUACCAAAGAUACAUGAAGAUCGUCAAGGUAGAAUAUUUGUUAGACCAUUAGUUUCCACACCUUGUGCUGAUGCAGAAGAUGUGAUGAAUUUAUUGAUCUUGGGAGAAUCGAGAAGAAAGAUUGAAUCAACUGAAUGGAAUCAAAGGUCUUCUAGAGCUCAUGCAAUCCUUUCUUUGGUGAUCGAAAGUAGACCAGUGAUUGAUGGUAGCAUUAGAAUCAGUCAAUUGAACCUUGUGGAUCUAGCUGGAUCCGAGAAAUUAACAGAUAACGAAGCAAGAAAUAAAGAAGCAGGUUAUAUAAAAAAAUCAUUAUUAGCACUUCAAACAGUCGUCUCAAGUUUAACCGAAUUAAGUAGUUCAACUUCUUCAAGUAAUUCAAAUAGUCAAAAACAUAGAUUACUACAUAUUCCAUAUCGAAACUCACAAUUAACUAGAUUAUUACAAACUUCACUUUCAGGUAAUGCUAAAGUGGCUUUUCUUUGUACGAUUUCACCUGAUCCAGAUUGUGAAGUUGAAACACUUUCUACUUUAAGAUUUGCUGCUGGUGCUAAAAAAGUGGUCACUAAAGCUGAAUUAGGUCAGGUGGUCGAUCGGGCUACUUUAUUACAAGCUUUAGAAUCUAAGGUUUUGGAACUUCAAGCUGCUCUUUUAACUAAUGCUGAUUAUACUGAGGCACUUGAACGUGAACGUGAUGAAGCUAUUGAAAGAGCUGAUGGGGCCGCCAAGAUCUGUGAUGAUUAUGAAAGCAAAUUAGCAGAACUAGAAACACUAAGAACACCACUGAAAGAACAACAUGAUCAUUUGCGAAGGUUGAUCUUGACUGGAUCACCACAUAGUUCAUAUGCUAAUCAAGUCACAAUCGAUCAACACGCUUUGAGUCCGAGUACAGCUGCUACGAUUGGACCACGAAGAAGAUCGACUGUUAAAAGAGCUUCUAGACUAUCUGAAGUGGCUAUUGCUACUCCUAAUUCUACACCUGGUUCUAAACAUACGAAAAAAGAUGUGGUGGAACCAGAGGUUAAACUAGAAGGAGACGGAAGAUCACAAGAUUCUCAAGAACUUCAUCUUACGAUUGCUAAACUUGAAGCCACUUUAGCUGAGUCUGAAGAUACACAUGCUGGAGAAGUGUUUGAAUUGAGAGCUGAGAUUGAAAAUUUGAAUACGACGAUUAGGG